AUGGCGAAAGCAGAGUCCUCCAAGGCGGCCGCCAGCAAUGGCAUCAAGGCCAAUCCCAACGCACAAGGAGGUGCUAACUACGAGCUGCCAUGGGUGGAGAAAUACCGACCUGUGUUCCUCGACGAUGUCGUCGGCAAUACAGAGACAAUCGAGCGCCUCAAAAUCAUUGCAAAGGAUGGAAACAUGCCGCACGUCAUUAUAUCGGGAAUGCCUGGUAUCGGAAAGACGACUUCGAUCCUCUGCCUCGCGCGUCAGAUGCUCGGUGAUGCAUACAAAGAAGCCGUGCUCGAGCUCAAUGCUUCCGACGAGCGCGGUAUCGACGUUGUAAGAAACAGAAUAAAGGGUUUUGCGCAGAAGAAGGUGACCCUACCUCCAGGCAGGCAGAAGUUGGUCAUCCUGGACGAGGCGGACAGCAUGACGAGCGGAGCACAACAGGCGCUGCGACGGACGAUGGAGAUUUACAGCAGCACCACUCGAUUCGCUUUCGCUUGCAAUCAGUCGAACAAGAUCAUCGAGCCUCUGCAAUCCCGCUGCGCCAUCCUGCGAUACGCCCGCCUUACCGAUGCCCAAAUCGUGCACCGGCUUAUGCAGGUCAUCGAGGCAGAGAACGUGGAAUUCUCGGACGAUGGCGUUGCUGCUCUUGUCUUCUCAGCCGAAGGCGACAUGCGGCAAGCUAUAAACAACCUGCAAUCGACGAACGCUGGUUUUGGGUUCGUAAAUGGGGACAACGUCUUCAAGGUGGUGGAUAGCCCGCAUCCAAUCAAAGUCCAGGCUAUGAUCAAGGCAUGCCACGAGUGCAGGGUAGACGAUGCUCUCACAACAUUGAAGGAGCUCUGGGAUCUGGGAUAUAGCUGUCACGACAUCAUCAGCACCAUGUUCAAGGUCACAAAAACGAUCGAUAGCCUGAGCGAACACGCGAAGUUGGAGUUUAUCAAGGAAAUCGGCUUCACUCACAUGCGCAUCCUCGAAGGCGUUCAAACACUCCUCCAACUCUCCGGCUGCGUCGCACGUCUCUGCAAGAUAAACAUGCAACCGCAACUGUUCGCACUUCCUUCGAAAUAG